AGUGUGGGUGGGGGAGGGGAGAGAACCGGGAACCGAGGUGGUGGAGGAAGCCCGGAGCCUGCCUGAAAAGAGAGGCAGGAGCAGGACUGACCUCAAAAGGCAUCCUGCUCCGUGCAGCUUUUCCACGCCCCGAAGCCCCGAGGAAAGCAGCGCCAGAGCACGCUCGUGCCGUCGCCGUCGCGGCAUGGGCAUGGGCUCUCCCCCCUCCUCGUGACCAGCGGCGCCGACCAGUGGUGCAGCCUUUUCUUCUCCGCUUCCUCCUCGGUUCCCGCACCGGCGAGCGACCAGUUGUCCUGCGGCCCGUGGCGAGCUCUCCUCUCCGCGAUGGACCAGGAGCACCUGGAGUUCAUCAUGCGCCACCACGCCCACCAGGGCGGCAUGGGGUUUGUUCCCGCCGACCGCGGCGACAGCGAGGAGGCGCUGGGGUCGUCGGAGUCGGAGCCGGCGGGGAGGCCGCGCGGCAAGAGGGCCCGCGCCGCCGAGGUGCACAACCUCUCCGAGAAGAGGCGGCGGUGCAAGAUCAACGAGAAGAUGAAGGCGCUGCAGAGCCUCGUGCCCAACUCCAGCAAGACGGACAAAGCCUCCAUGCUCGACGACGCCAUCGAGUACCUCAAGCACCUCCAGCUCCAAGUGCAGAUGUUGUCUAUGAGGAAUGGCGUGUAUCGUCCCUCGGUGAACUUACCAGGGCCACCUGACCAUCUGCCGACAUCGCAAAUGUGCGCCGCACUUAACCAGAACAGCGUCGACGCAUCGUCAAACCCACCAGCUGCCAUGCUGCCUAUGAAUCACUUUUUAGGAGCAAUGUCAGGGUCUCGACAUCCAUUUGGUCCUCCAAAUCAGGACCGACCGCGUCACGACCCUCUUGUGUUAUCAAGUGUUCCUUGCACGAUCACUCGAGAGCCUCCGUUCCUUCUUGGGACAUCGCAGGAGUCCCACCUUCGAUCUCUUCAGUUGACCGUAUCGGCGGAGAUGAUCUUUCAAGAGGAGGCAAUGUUAAAGCAACGGCUAAGUUCAACUCAGGAGACCACCUCCUUGCCAGCACAUGAGAUGAAGCCUGUUAGGCAGGAGGCUGGCCAUUUCGAUACAUCCUCAAUCUGGAAAAACCAAUCACAAAACAUGCUGCCAAGUAACCCGGAAAGCGCUCUGUUUGUGCCUCACUUGCGUAGAUUUCAAAACAGCAAUGCUGACUCGGGUCUGAGGGCGGAAUCGAAGUAAUUUCGCGAUCAAAAUCGACAGCUGAGCUGGAAUUUCUGGUGCUCCAUUUUGCCAGACAUGCACUAGGAUAGUGAAUGGUAAUCGCCAAGGUAGUAACGGUCUUCAUCAGAUGCAACUUUUCUAAUACUAGGCAGUAGCAGCGAUACAUCAGCCAGACUGCAUUCUUGAUAUGAAAUCAAGAAAUGCUAAUGAUCAUGUGAAUAUGUAGCGUGAAGGCCAUCUCCAAACCGCAAUGAACUCAAACCAGCUACUAGUACGAAUCCUUGUAAGUGUCUGUGCUGUCGGUAGCCUUACCUCAGUGGUUGGUCAUGCAGUUGUGUAGCAUAACGAUCCGAGUUUAAUUCCUAGAAUUGGCAGAUGAUGCAUAGGUUUUUUCCCCAUUUA